AUGCGCUAUGCUUUAGUAUUGAUAGCUGCUGAGAAGGUUGUUGCAUUGCACAGCUUAAUUGGAAGCUUGCAUGCAAACGAUUCUGUGCAACUUCGCAUAUCUUCGAUGGCAUCAUCUAAGCUCAGUUGGUUACCUUUGGCCACUGGCAAGCUGCAGGACACAGUGCACGCUGUCCGAUUGUGUGCGGCUUGCUUGUUUCAGUCACAGAGCCCAAUGUCAACGAGCUGCCUCGCGGUCGACAAUGCCUUGGUGUCAGUGUCAGCUUUAUCCUUUGACGUUUCGGGCUUUGAUCUGCACCGCAAAGCAAGAACAAUUUCUCCGUUCGGGGGCAAUGAGUUCAGCACAGGAUCUUGA